AUGAACCUUUUGGCCGUUGAUGGAUCCGCGCGGGCUCUACAAAGUGAUACGAAGAAAUUCAAGCUGAGUUUACCAUUCGUAAAUUCGGUGGAUGGAGAGAAGGAGAAGCGAAGCAAUCAGCCAUUGCACGCAGCCAUGGACCCAAACCCGGUGCGCGUGCUCGUCAUCGUCUCCCAGCGAAGUUCCCGAUGGAAAAAAGUCCAGAAUCGCGCCGAGGACAUCGUCCCAAGCGCCAUGAGACUGCUUCAGAAUAAAAACCUCGGCAACGGAUUCCACGCGACAGUUUCCGACGCCAAACUUCUCGCAGUCCAAAAGUGGCGAACCCGCACCUUCAUUGUCUUCGACAUCUGCAACACCGCCUACGACGCAAAGCUGGGCCAUCUCCCCGAGCAGAACCAGCUCCCGUAG